AUCGAGACAAGGACAUCCGUCAGCCCGGCAUUUCGAUUAGAGGCCUGAGAGGAAUAUAUAACCUACCGAUAGGUCACGAGGAUGGAUAGGUCCUCCCGAUCAUGUCGACCUUUCGCUUCCAACACAAACACUUCUGCUUGCCCUUUACCGGUCUUCACUCCAACUCUACCUAUACCCGGUCUCUCUCUACCUUGACAAGUCGACUCUGCUACCAAUCCACUAGCUACUCCUCAUCAUCAUGUUCAACAAGCAACACGGUCACCACAAUGUCGAGGGCAACGAUUUCCUGGGCAAGGACAUCCAGUACUUCUCCCAGGCCGGUUUCGACAUGGACAAGAUCCACAUCAAGCGUAACGCUCCCGUCGCCGCCUUGUACGAGGACGCCAUCAUGAACGAAGGCGCCGUCCUCUCGUCUACCGGUGCCCUGAUCAACUUUUCGGGAAAGAAGACGGGAAGGAGCCCCAAGGACAAGCGUAUCGUCUACGAGGAUGGUAGCAAGGAUAACGUUUGGUGGGGUAGCGUCAACAUUCCUAUCGACGAGCACACCUUCGAGAUCAACCGUGAACGAGCCAUCGACUACUUGAACACCCGAGACAACGUCUACGUCUUUGACGGCUUCGCCGGAUGGGACCCCAAGUACAGGAUCAAGGUCCGAGUCAUCGCCUCGCGAGCCUACCACGCCUUGUUCAUGCACAACAUGUUGAUCCGACCUUCCCCGGAAGAGCUCGAAAACUUUGGCGAGCCCGAUUUCAUCAUCUACAAUGCCGGUCAAUUCCCUGCCAACCGAUUCACCACCGGUAUGAGCUCUACCACCUCGGUCUCGAUCAACUUUAGGCGAAACGAGAUGGUCAUCCUCGGUACCGAGUACGCCGGAGAGAUGAAGAAGGGAAUCUUUUCGGUCAUGCACUACCUGCAGCCCGUCAAGUUUGGUCAGCUCUCUUUGCACUCGAGUGCCAACCAGGCUCGACCCGGUCCCGAUGGACAGGAGGGUGAGGUCUCGUUGUUCUUUGGUCUCUCGGGAACCGGAAAGACCACCUUGUCUGCCGACCCCAACCGUCUGUUGAUCGGUGACGACGAGCACGUCUGGUCCGACACUGGUGUCUUCAACAUCGAGGGAGGAUGUUAUGCCAAGACCAUCAACCUGUCCGCCGAGAGGGAGCCCGAGAUCCACGGCGCCAUCAAGUACGGUGCCAUCCUCGAGAAUGUCGUCUACAACCCUGCCGACCGAGUCCCCGACUACGACGACGUCUCGAUCACCGAAAACACCCGAUGCGCCUACCCUAUCGAGUACAUCCCCAACGCCAAGAUCCCCUGCAUCGCCAACAAGCAGCCCAACAACAUCAUCAUGCUCUGUUGUGACGCUUUCGGAGUCUUGCCUCCCGUCUCCAAGUUGACCCCUGCCCAGGCCAACUACCACUUUAUCGCCGGUUACACCUCCAAGACCCCCGGUACCGAGGAUGGUGUCACCGAGCCUUCUCCCGUAUUCUCGACCUGUUACGGAGCUCCCUUCUUGGUCCUCGACCCCACUCGAUACGCUUCCAUGCUCGAGGAGAAGAUGACCCAGACCGGUGCCGACUGCUACCUGAUCAACACCGGUUGGGUCGAGGGAGGCUUCUCUUCCGGCGGACGACGAUGCCCCUUGAAGUACACCCGUGCCAUCAUCGACGCCAUCCACAGCGGUGCGCUCAAAAAGGCCGAAUACCAGACCCACCCCGUCUUCAACCUCGCCAUCCCCAAGAAGGUCGAGGGCGUUCCUGAUGACCUCCUCAACCCCGUCUGGAAGGACGCCGACGCCUACAACGACGCCCAGAGCAAGUUGGCCGGCAUGUUCCAGACCGCCUUGAAGAAGUACGAGGCCACCAUGUCCGACGCCGUCAAGCAGGCCGGUCCUCAGGUCGCCUGAGCGGGAUAAUCAUGGACAUUCUUUCUUUCUGAUCCCUUUUUCCGAGUGUAUUUUUAGCCACUCUAUUAUACCUUAGGAGAGUCCCUUUGGAUUCCCGGUUCCUACAUCAUUUGGUUGUAACGAUAAUAGCAAAAGAUUCUUAGCAUGAUUCUACUAGACAUUCCCCCGAGG